AUGUUUGGCUCGAGUUCAGGCAUCGGUGCGGCCAUUGCUAUACAUUUGUCGAAUUUGGGCGCACAAGUGGUGAUCACCGGCAGAAACGCCGACAGAUUAAAAGCCAUUGCCGUUCAAUGCGAUCAGAAAUCAACGCAAGGUUUAAAAGCGCUUCAAGUGAUCGCCGAUUUGGACGACGAGAAUGACUGCAAACGACUGAUCGACAAGACUAUUGAAAGUUUCACCAAGAUCGAUGUACUCGUUAAUAAUGCGGCAGAGUUUAAUCGCAACAGUAAUAUACAAAACGAUGAUGCUAUACACAUGUUUGACAAGACAAUGCGAACUAAUUUGCGAAACACGUUUGUCUUAACACACUUUGCAGUUCCGCAUAUAAUUAAAACGAAAGGAUCUAUUGUCAACAUAUCGAGCGUAUCGGCUAUUAAACCGUUCGCAAACGCAUUGGCACACUGUAUGGCUAAGUGUGCUAUCGAUAUGUUUACCCGAAGUCUAGCCUACGAAUUGGGCCCUAAAGGAGUGCGAGUGAAUGGCAUUAAGUAAAUAACAUACACUGUACUGUAUAUACAGUUUGAC